AUGGCUCUUCAUCACGAGUGUUGCCAGGUUAAAAACGGAUACAGCCUCGUGGUAGAAGUUGCAACGGUGAAGCCUGUAUUCCAUCGCCUGCUGUGUCUUCAAGCAUCGAGGAAGGAAAAGAACGACGCAGAGCAAUGGAGCAGCAGACUACGCCUACGACUAGCGACAGCUCCAAGCAUCAACUCGACACCGCGCGAUGAUAUAACAGCCAAACCACCCUCACUGCGCACCAUGGCGCUGGACGGAUCCAGUGGCUAUGUAGCUGCCAGCAGCCUGGCCAAGCUGGCCGAGUCUUCGCAGCCCAUCUUCAGCGUCAAGCAAGUCCAGCUCAAGUUCUCCAUCGCAGCCGACUUCGUCGCAGCCCAGGUCGCCAACGAUGUGCUUAUCCUCGCCCUGGCCACAGGCAGGAUCCUGAGAAUCGACCUGAAUAACGCAGAGGAUAUCGAUGAUAUCGACCUGCCGAAGAAAUCACCUGAGAUAGGCGUCAUCCGCCGCAUGUUUUUGGACCCUUCCGCCUCGCAUUUGAUUAUAUCGACUACCCUGGGAGAGAACUACUAUCUUCACACCCAGUCUCGACAACCUAAACCACUCUCACGCCUCAAGGGGGUGAUGAUAGAGUGCAUUGCCUGGAAUCCGGCCUUGCCUACCGCUUCUACUAGAGAGAUCCUCGUGGGUUCGACGGAUGGGAAUCUGUACGAAGUAUACAUCGAAUCUGCCUCGGAAUUCUACCGCAGGGAUGAGAGAUAUGUCAACACGGUGUACAAGGUGCCUAGUCUGUCAGUGACUGGCGUUUGGGUCGACUUUGUCGGUGGCAGGAAAGAUACCCGGCAGAUCAUCGUGUCGUCCAACGGGAAAAUACUCUACUUCACGGGCAAGAUAGGGAGAAAUGGGAAAGAUGGAGGAGGAGGAUCGAUAUACAGUGAACUGUUCCGCAAGGAGACACCGGUUAUUCACGAGCUUUCCAGCGCCACGCUCACCGCACCGUCUCUUCUAGCCAUGCAGCCGGACCCCUUAGAAGAAGGACACAGUGAUGGCAGAGUAGAGGAAAAGCACUUUGCUUGGCUUUCUUCGCUGGGAGUCCUUCAUGGCACCGUACCUAGUUCGGCUCCCAACCAAGACGGAGGGAGUAGGAUAUUCGACAAGGCCAAGAUGGUCUCCCGUUCGAUCUUACCGGCUACAGAGUCCGCGAGGGGGGGCAGGAAGCUGAUUCAGGAUCCUAUUAAAGGGAUGACCAUGACACAGUGGCAUAUCCUUACCUUGGUUGAAGGGAGAAUCGUUGCAAUCAACCGGUUAAACGGAGAGAUUGUAUACGAUCAAGCAGUGCUUGAACCAGGCGAGAGCUCUCUCGGUCUCGUUGCAGACCAAAAGAUGAAUACUUACUGGCUCUUUACCGGUCAGGAGAUAUACGAGAUAUCCGCCAAUGACGAAGAUAGAGACGUAUGGAGGAUCCUUCUGAAAGAGCAGCAGUUCGAUUCUGCACUCCGAUAUGCCCAUGGCGUCACCCAAAAGGACGCCGUGGCCACUGCUUCGGGUGACCAUCUGGCCAGCAAGGGACAGUACCUUGAAGCUGCUGCAGUUUGGGGUAAAAGUAGCAAAAGCUUCGAAGAGGUUUGCCUUACGUUUAUUGAUAAAGGAGAGCAUGAUGCCCUGAGGAAAUAUCUCCUCACCCAGCUGUCGACGUACAAAAAGUCAGCUACCAUGCAGAGAAUGAUGAUAGCGAGCUGGCUGGUUGAGGUGUUCAUGUCAAAGCUGAACUCCCUGGAUGAUACCAUUGCUACCAAGGCCGAGCUGGUCGAGGGCGGCAACGAAGAUGAUGCUAAAGACGACAUCCAAAGCAUACGUUCUGAGUUCCAGCAGUUUGUGAACAAGUACAAGGCCGACCUGGACCCGAGAACGGUCUAUGAUAUUAUAGGCAGCCAUGGGCGAGAACAGGAGCUGCUGUACUUUGCGACUACCAUCAACGACCAUAACUUUGUGCUGUCGUACUGGGUUCAACGGGAGAAAUGGUCUGAGGCACUCAACGUGCUGAAGAAGCAGAAAGACCCAGAAGUGUUCUACAAGUAUAGUAGCGUGCUAAUGACAUACGCUGCCAGCGAGUUUGUGGACAUACUGAUGAGACAGACGGACCUUGACCCCCAGAAGCUCAUCCCAGCCCUGCUCAGCUACAACAAGGACACCAAGACGUCUCUGUCCCAGAACCAAGCAACGAGAUACCUGAACUUCAUCAUUGCCAACCACCCCAACCCUUCUGCUGCCGUACAUAAUACCCUAAUAUCCAUCUACGCCUCCCAUCCAUCUACAACGGAGGGCGCUCUGUUGCAAUAUCUAGAGUCUCAGCCGUCCUCUCCUCCUCCAUACGACGCCGAUUUCGCACUUCGGUUAUGCAUCCAACAUAAACGGCAUGCUUUCCACAGCGACUGUCUGGGCAAGAAAGUAAUGGACGCAGCGGGGACGGGGAAGAAGAAGCAUAUCCGGGAUUUACAGGCUGAAAUGAGUAAGGGGACUAGCAUUGGCGCUAAGAGGGAGAAGAUCAUUAGGGAGUUGGAUGGUUUGAUUGCCGAAGCCUGUAUCCUAUGCGGCGAGUAUGCCAUCAAGCAACUUGACGAGCCCUUUAUCAGCUCGUCAGAUAACAAGAACGAAUGGUCUAUCUGA